AUGUUUACUUACUUGCUGCAUCUUUCUUACUCUUUCUUUAAUUUCCGAUGGGCUACACCGAUGGGGAAAAAUAAAAAUACGUCUUUGACGCAUGCGCAAAUCUGGGAUGAUUCUGCCCUGGUCCAGUCCUGGGACGAUGCUGUAGAAGAAUACGAACUUUAUCACAGCAUUCAUGCCAAGGGUGAGAAUGUUGAAGAUGUCCUGAAAGAAGCAGAGGAGUCUGGUGCUGCUACAGAUGCUCACACGGCUGACAAGCAAAAUGACAACGCCGCGGCCGACCAGGAUGUCCAACCUAAGGACGAAGACGUCUCAAUGAUCAUUGAUGAGCAAACUUCCGCCUCUGUUCAUGCUUCUACCAUUUCUGCUUCUAUUCCUGAGUCUGCUACUGACGCUGCUCCUGCGCCUUCCCAACCCGAGGCUUCGAAGCCUGCUACGCAGAUGCCUCACCCUAUCAUGGCAACUGUGCAAGAUGAGUCGUUGAAGAACCUCAUGAUGUCAUGGUACUACGCAGGCUACUACACGGGCCUUCACGAGGGCCAGCAACAGUCAAACCGCAAGUAG